AAUCGGAGUGUAAACGCAUGCAUGACUCCGAAGUCGGAACUCAGUUUUCCAGUAAGCCAAGUUACACCUUAGCACUUAGCCCUCGCACUGUGCUUCCUUCCGCCGCCGAUGGCGACCGUGGCGGCGCUCUUUUCUCACCUCCGCCGCGCGCGGCCAUCCUCCUCUCUCCUCUAUCUGCCACGCGUCCUCACCUCUCAACGUCCUCCUCCACUCCCCGCUCCCGCCUUACCUCACUCUCACUCUCACUCUCACUCUCCAACCCUCGCAUUUCUCGACGCGUUCCGCUCACGCGCUUUCUCCACUCGCUCUUCCCACGACCGCGAUUCGUCGCUGGACUCGUUCGGUGUCGACUCGCCGGCUAACUCGGAGCUUCUGAAAACAAUCACCGAUAGCAGUGGCGGCGGUGAAGACGACGCCGUUUUUCCCGUUCGCGCGGUGAUUUGGUUGCUCGAAUCACUCCACGAUAUUUCUGGAUUUCCGUGGUGGAUUACUAUAGUUUCCUCUACUUUGGCGCUCAGAAUUGUUAUCCUUUGUCCUUUGAUUCUGACACUUCACAAGCUUAAAAGGAUUGGAGAGUUCUUUCCUAAAUUGCCUCCUCCAUUCCCACCACCUUUCUCAGGAAAGAGUUAUAUUCGUCAGUUUCUAUUCUUCCAGAAGAAGAGAAAAGCAAUUGGAUGUCCCUCUUAUGCGUGGCCACUGGUACCAUACAUUGUACAGGUUCCAUGCUUUUUCUUGUGGAUGAUUAGUGUAAGGAAGAUGUCACUGGAUGGUCACCCUGGUUUUGAUUGUGGUGGUGCUUUGUGGUUCCAGAAUUUAACAGAACUCUCUCACGGUUAUUCAGGGUUCAUCUUUCCUUUUCUGAUUGCUGGUUUGCAUUACCUCAAUGUUCAGAUAUCUUUUGGGAAACCUUUGGUUGCUGAGACAAGGGAUAUUUUUGACUUAUUAGCCAAAUAUUAUAAGCGAUACUUGGACUUUCUAACGGUGCCUAUAGCUUUCAUGGGCUUUUGCAUUCCUCAGGGGAGCCAGCUCUAUUGGAUUACCAAUAGUUCAUUAACUUUCAUUCAGCACAUAGCCCUUAGACAUCCUGCUGUCCUUGCAAAGUUGGGGUUACAAGACAAGAAUAGUCCAAAGGUAGCUUCUAAGGAAAUUGAUGCUUCUAAAACAGCUCCUUUGCCAGGGUUACAAGACAAUAGUUCAACAACAACUAUCAAGGAAACUGUUUCUCCUAAAAAAAAUCCUUUGGAUUCACCAGAAAAGUGGCAUAGAAUACCUACAGAGGAGAUGUCCCCUAAAGAACUGACUGCUCUUUCUGUCCCAUUUCUAAACGGUGAUGAUAAAGAAAGUGCCAUUCCCUUACUAAAACUAGCCCUUGAUAAGGACCCUGAAUAUGUACGAGCUUUAGUUUUGAUGGGUCGGGUUCUAUUGCUGAAGCAUGUUAAUGAUGAAGCUAACGAAUACUUUGAGCGUGCAAUAUCAAAUCUUUCUCUUGCUGGACAUCCAACUGAUGCGGAAGAAGUUGAUCUUUUGAUUCUUUCAUCCCAGUGGGCUGGAAUUGCCUGCGAGCGACAGGGAUAGAGGGCCGAAGGAAGGGCACACUUUGAAAGAAUAGCAAAUAUGGAGGAGCCAGAAGAUCCUACUAGCAAAGGCUAUUAUUUUGAUGGGUUGCUGUUGCUUGCCAGCACUCUAUUUGAUUCGGGUCAAAAGGCCGAAGCUGCAAAGUACCUACGUCUUGUUGUUGCUCACAAACCUGCUUAUAAAAAAUUCUUGGAUCAGUGUGAACAAGAUGAUGAUAUUGCGAGUGAUCUUGCCCGUAGUAGGAGAGAACUCUGAAUUUCAUAAUUUUCUUCUGAUUUUAUUUAUUAUAUGUCAGAACAAUAAAGUUUGACCUAAAACUUUGCAUUAAUAUUUUGAUUAUUCGUCAGCUUAGAUUUCAGCUGCGCGACACAAUAAUCUGUAGAGGAUUGUUUCAUCAUUGAAAGAGCAAUACGUCCUACUCCUUAUAAUUAUAAAAAUACAAUUUUAGUC